CCACUUUUCUACAACGCUCGCCAAACCACAACAACGAUGACAACUGUGCGCGAUCUUGUCCUGUCCCUGCUCUCGCCCACUCCAGAUGACGAGACCAUCAAGCGAGUGCACAACUAUGGGCUGACGACGGACGAGCAGGGACGGCGCGUGCCGAAACGCGAGGAACAGCUGGAGUUGGUGGACGUGGUGCCGCUGCUGUUGGCUGCAGCCACAUCCUCGACGAAUCAAGCGGCGCGAGCUGCUGCGUUCCGUGCACUUGGCAAUGGCCUUGUUAAGUCCUUGAACGAUCCUGAGCUGGCUGCGCUCGCCGACGAGGUUGUUCAGUUUGGUGCCAUUGAUGCAUCAGUCGAAGCGCUUGAUCUCGCCAAGGCGGCCUCCAUUCAAUCUUGUGUGCGGAGAGAGGCUUCUCGUUUCUUGAACAAUAUUGCGGCACUGCCAAGCUUCCAUGCGCAGUUGCGGGAAGGCAACACGGUGGGCGCGAUGGUGAAGCACGUCGCGCGCUUCGGCACCAAGGAGGAGGAGGCAGACGUGAUUGGCAUGUGUGUUGGCGGCCUCUCGUACAUGUGUUUCCGCCCAGAGAACAAGGACGCGCUGCUGGAGUCUGGCGUGGUUGAGGCCCUCCUCCCCAUUGCCAACUCAAAGUCGACCAAGCACAAGUUUGUGCGGGCGAUGCUUGGUGUUGCGUCGCUCGUGGGCGAAGAAGAGAAGCACCCUGCGCUGAAAGCGUCGACAGAGCUUGUGGAGAGCAUCACCCACGCCCUGCAGGCUGCACUCAAGCAGCAGCCAUACCCAGAGGGAUCCAACACGUACAACGUCCCAGAGAACGUGUUGUUGGGCGUGUACUGUCUGGCCGGAAACGAGAACAACAAAGUGCUUCUUGCCAAAUCGGGAGCACUCGACAUUUGCGCGUGUGUGCUGGAGGAGGACUCUGCCCCAUUCGAACUCCGCGUGCUGGCUGCGCGCACGCUGCGCCGGUUGGGCUUCAACGGCGACAACGCGGCGGCGAUGGCGGCGCGGCCAGGAUUCAGGGCUCUCCUCCACACCCUCCGCUCCUCAGAUUCGCAGCUUGCAUCCCAAGCCGACGGCCUGCUGUGGCAGAUGGACGAGUCAAAGCGGCAGUCCCAAGCGGAGAUAGCAAAGCCUCAGCCUGCGGGUACAGAGCAGCAGGUGAUGCUGUCGUACUGCUGGGCAAACCAGGACAUUGUGCUCAACGUGCGCUCCUUCCUCAAGGCCAACGGCAUUCACACGUGGAUGGAUGUCGACGAGAUGGCCGGAUCAACGCUUGAGGCCAUGUCGCGCGCAGUGGAGACGUCACAGGUGAUCCUCGUCUUCUUCAGCAAACCGUACAAGAACAGCACAAACUGCCGCACAGAGGCAGAAUACGCAUACCAGCUCAAGAAGACGAUUGUGCCCGUGCGCGUGGACGGAUACCAACCGGACGGCUGGCUUGGCGCAAUGCUGGGGACAAAGCUCUGGUACGACGUGCGGGAUCCUGCCACGCGGGAAGAGACAAUGGGCCGCAUGAUGCGAGAGGUACUGUAUCGCAUGCGACAGGACGCGGGCGACGCAGCGCCACCUGCAGCAGCUCCGCGCAUCUCGCCGCAGAUCACGCUCAAGUCUGCAGCGGCACACGAGCAAGCAGGCUCCACCGCGCCAGGCGGGUAUCAGGCCAUGAGCAACGCCACAUAUGCGCAGCCGCUGCCUGCGCAUGUGUUUGCAACGACGUUUUGGGGUCGGGAGGACAUUGACACGUGGCUCAAGGACAACGAUUGCAGCGAGUUUUCGUCGCUGCUGUCGCACGUUGAGGGUGCUGGCUUCACUGCGCUGCUGGCGUCUGCGGGGCGCGACGGACCCGUUGCGCUGUGCGAAUGUAUGCAGCGCAUCUUCCGCGUGAAGCGCCGGCCAGAGACGCUGCUCAAGCUCGCCUUCAGGCUGUUUGCAUUCGCCACGCAGCCAGACACGGCCGCGUGACGCCGUCACCUCGUGGUUGGUUUGGUUGUGUCAGUGCGGCAGUGGUUGCAGUGUUGCGCAGCGUGCAUCUGUACACGUGUGCAGGCGUGGACAUAUGUACGCGUGCACGUGUACACCACCCCACCCCGUCUAUGAUACUUCUGCUGGGACUGUCCAUCAAUCACAUUGUGUUUCUUUUAUGGCAUCUCCGUGAGUGUUUGUGGGCGCUUUGUUGAAGAAAUAAAAACAGCAAUCGCA